AACUCUUAAACUCUUAAACUCUUAUUAAGAUCACUGUUCUAGCUUGAAGAUGACAAGGAAGCCAGGGCAUCUCAGCAGCUCUUGAGUUGUACAUGUGUUAACCACAAGGGUGUUGCAUGCUCAACAGAGACAGGACUAGAUCUUCUUUCCAUUUUUAGCAAGGGUCCACAUAAUGUGAGAAUGUAUUUCCUCGUUGCAAUUUGUAAGGCUUGUAUUUCAAAACAAAAGGACAACCAAAACACAUGAUUGCAAAUGAAAUGUAAAUGAUCACUUGGGUUUCCCUUUGAAUGUCAGACCUCAAAUUGUAGAAAGAGGAAUAUAGGCCUCAAGAUGAAAACAAAAGCAAAGGAAGGAAGAGGGGAAAUUAGAAGUAACAAGGUCUUAAUGGCAAAUGACACUGCUAGCUAUACUCUGAGCAGGUGAGACAGAACAGGGAUAUGAAACAAGAUCAUGGUUAUUCCUUUUACACGCUCAGAGCUAGUAAAACCACUCCCGAUCCCGUGGUUCAUCUUGUUAACACUGCCCUAGUGAACUCUGAGCUUAUGAGGGUGGUACAUUACUUUAUUUCCCUGCUGUACACACAGAGAGCCAUAACUACUUGGCCAUUAGGAACUGUUUAUUAACCCUGUACUCUAGUUAAUUGGAGACAAUGUCAUAGACCUACACAUGGCAGCGUUUGGGUACAUGCAAGGAGCCUCCUGUUGGCCAUUUCUUUUGGUAGUGUGUUCUAGUAGUGCUUGUGCAGUUAGCUAUGUUAUUGCUGUAUUACGGGGGGAUGUGGAGGCCAUCUGGCCCUUUAUAAGUGACACGGGGACAACGCCUCCAGAAAGCUGUAUAUUUGGACUCAUGACGUCCAUAACAGCCAUGGCAGGUGUGGCUACUAUGUAUGCCCGGUACAAAUUCAUUGAGCGGUUGAUUGAGAGGACUGGAGGGGCUCGUCCAAUGCUUAAUAAGAUAGCUCUUGGAUUUGGACUGCUCUCAUGUCUAGGAAUGAAUAUCGUGGCCACUUUUCAGGAGACCGUCGAGACGUACGUCCAUGACGCCGGGGCGUUGCUGUUCUUCGUGACCGGAGUAGUUUACAUUGUCCUGCAGACGUGGAUAUCGUGGCAGGCCUUUCCCUACGGGUCCACCAGAGCCGUGUGCAGGACUCGUUCUCUCAUCUCCUGCGUUGCCGUCCUGGCUCUUUUUCCAACGGUUAUUUGUGCUAUUCUCGUGGGAAAAUCCGACGAUAUCCGCUGGAAAGGAGAUGAAAAGAAUUAUGGCUUCCAUCUUGCCAGUGCAGUGUGUGAAUGGACGGUGGCCUUCAGCUUCAUCUUCUACUUUUUCACCUACAUCAGAGAGUUCACGCUCUUUACCAUGACUGUGAAAGCUGAAUUGGUGGAGCAGAACUAAGUCAAUCAUCCUCUGCGGAUACUAUUUUUAUACUGAUGUUAUUUUUACAUAUUUUUUUUCUUACAUAUUUUUGGUACCUUUGUAAAUUGUGUACUUUGUAUGCAGAAAUAGUUUUUACGAAUUGUUUACAAAAUCAUCAAUAUCUUUGGGAUAUUUUCUAGUUUUGAAUAAUAUUCUCAAUUCUGCUUCGACAGUAUAGUAUUUAUUGAUAAAGUAUAUUUUCUAGCACAAUGGCCACUCAAAGCGUCCCACGCAGGCAUAGCAAAAGACUAUAUGAAGUGCUUUGGCCUGUGCUGGCGUGAAGAACCAGGAACAUGACAUGGGGUGCCUCUCAACAUCUCUCCUCGAUCCUCGAUGCUCGAGCCUCGAUUUCCACUCGAUUCCCACUGAUCUAUAACUAAAACUGGAUAGACUAACGCUAAAUUCCUCCGUCAAGGACGUUAUGUUUUCAUCGGGGUUAGUUUGUGUGUCUGUCUGUCUGUUUGUUUGCUUGUUUGUUCGCAAGAUAACUCAAAAAGUUAUGGAUGGAUUACGAUUAAAUUUAAAUCAGGGAAGAUCUGAAAUGACCUAAGAUAGAAACUAUUCAAUUUUGGGAGCGAUCCAUAUGACCAUCUGGAUCUAGGAAGCGGUUAUGUUUUUGCUUAACGAAGGUUUGCGCUCUCUGAGUGCUUUUCUAGUUGCAUUUGCAACAAAGUUGCUAACUUAGUUAGCAUAUGGUUUUGAGAAAUGCAAUGUUGAGUGGCAACACAGACAGAGGGAACUGACAGGCAGUGUUGGGGAAGUUACUUUUAAAAAGUAGUCUGUGUUUGAUACAUGUUCUUUAAAAAAAAGUUCGUUUAUCUGUUACUUUAGUUAGUUACCCUCCAUGGAAAGUAACUUUUUCCGUAACAUUUUUUACAUAAAGUUCUACUAUGGAGGACUGAUGUUUCUUUUGUGCUCUUUAAAUGCCACAGAGCACAAGGAAACAUUGGGUUACUGGAGGCUUUAAUGCCACCACUAAAGCCCUAUGAAACAAUAUCAAAUAGUAUAGACUCAACACAUCUUAUGGGCAUAUAGGUGAACACAAAACACAUACAGUAAGGACUUAUUUUAUAGCCUUACACUCACAUUCCUCUCCUUAGUUUCAAGGGAAAGUAAUGGGAAUACCUCCGUCCUUCGACAGUUAGCAUUGGCUGCUUCUUGCUUGAAAUUAUUUCUCUUAAUUCUACCAGCUUCUAUCGCAUAACAUGUGGAGUUUGUGUCAGCGCGCAGCUGAGAAGGCAGUAUCGCUGUCAAAUUGCGCCAAAUUGAGAAAAGGAACUAUGUUUCAUUACCAAAUUUUCAGUAGUAGCGCAUUACACUACUUUUUACCUGAUAAAAGUAGUUAGGCCUAAGUUACACAAGGCUGCUGACAGGAUACUUGUCAUAUCAUUGUAUUCUGCUAUACUGUAACUCUUUACCUGAAGUCGAGACAUGGAGACAGGUAUAAGAGCACGGAUCAGUGUAUCACAUAUAUGUUUUUUAUAUUGUUUCAAAUUACUGUGUUUGUGCUCAUAUCACUGCAACUGAUUAUGUAACCUCAUUUAGUCACAUGGAAAUGUAACUGACCACUAAAGCACAAGCUGACGAGUUGACCACAUGUCAUAAUGCGGUGUGAACAUGGCCAUGGAGAAAUAAAAGCACAUGAUCAUA